UUCGUUCAUUAGUUCUCCGAUUUCAAAAGGCCCGGAUGCCCAAGCCCGCCGCGGCGGCGUUCUUACCACGGUCGCCGUCGCCGCCGCCGCCGCCGGCACAGGCCGAGCCUGGCGACAACGGGGACUCCUUCCAUUCCCUCCUCGGUUCUCUCUCCACCUCCUCCGCGCUCCGCCUCCUCCCCUUCCCACUACUCGCCUUCUCCCGCCUCCGCCACCUCCUCCCCGCCGCCGCGGGCACCUCCCACCUCCUCCUCCGCCCCGUCGCCGCCCUCCUCCUCCACCACCGCUCCCACCUCCGCCUCGGCGUCCAGCUCCACGCGCUCUCCCUCUCCCUUGGCCUCUCCCGCCACCCCUUCCUCCUACCGCGCCUCCUCUCCGUCUACACCUCCCACCCUUCCCUGCUCCCCUCCGCCUCCGCCGUCGCCGCCGACUCCACGGUCCCGCUCCCCUACAACGUCCUCAUCUCCGCCUUCCUCCGCCAUGGACUCCCGCAGCAGGCCCUGGCAACCUACCAUGAAAUGGGCAAGAACGGCGUGCUCCCGGACGUCUUCACCUACCCCUCCGUCCUCCGCGCCUGCGCCGAGGCCAGAGACCUCGUGUUCGGCCGGACCGUGCAUAUGCACGCCGCUGGCGCUGGGAUGGACCGCCAUUUGUUUUUCCAGAAUGCGCUGAUGUCAAUGUAUGCCAAGUGUGGGGAUCUCGCCUCUGCACGCGAGGUGUUCGACGGUAUGGCCCAGAGGGAUGUGGUAUCAUGGAACUCGAUUAUAUCAAGCUAUGCAGCUGCUAGGCAUUGGCCGCAGGCUGUGGAGCUGUUUCAGAGGAUGCGAGAUGAGGGGGCAGAGGUGAACUCUGUGACGUGGAACACAAUUGCUGGGGGGUAUAUUCAGAUGCGAGAUCACAGGGCAGCGGUAGAGCUUAUCAGGGAGAUGGUUAGAGGUGGUGCAGAGGUGGAUUAUGUAACACUGGUGAUUGGUUUGAAUGCUUGCUCACGGGUUGGGUGGUUGAGGCUUGGUAAGGAGAUCCAUGGGUUGGCUGUGCGCAUAUGCUGUGACCAAGUUGAGAGUGUUAGCAAUGCAUUGAUCACGAUGUAUGCUAGGUGCAAGGAUAUGGAGUGUGCUCGCAUGUUGUUCAGGAUGCUGGAGUGCCCUGGGGUGGUGACUUGGAAUACAAUGCUAUCUAGCUUUGCACUGUCAGAUUGUGCAGAAGAGGCUUCUAGUAUAUUCCGUGAAAUGGUAUGCAGAGGUGUGCAACCUAAUUAUGUUACUGUUGUUACCUAUCUUGCUCUCUGUGCCCGUGUUGCAAAUCUGCAACAUGGGCAGGAAGUUCACAGUCACAUUAUUAAGCAUGAUUUCAAAGGGUAUCGGUUGUUAUGGAACUCUCUUAUUGACAUGUAUUCCAAAUCAGGGAGACUGUUUGUAGCACAGAAUGUCUUUGAUAGCAUGGAUGACCGUGAUACGAUAUCUUACACUUCAAUGAUAGCAGGAUAUGGAAUGCAAGGUAAAGGAACACUUGCACUUCAACUUUUUGAGCAGAUGAUUGAUAGCGGGAUCAAGCCUGAUCAUAUAAUCAUGGUCACUGUACUCUCUGCUUGUAGCCAUUCUGGACUUGUUCCUGAAGGAGAAGAGAUUUUUGACAAGAUGGUCCGUUCAUAUGGUAUUAAGCCCCAGAUGGAGCAUUAUUCUUGCAUGAUUGACCUAUAUGCACGUGCUGGAUUAUUGGAAAAAGCAGAGGAAAUGCUUGGCCGUACCCCUUUUCCUCCAACGUCGACGAUGUGGGCAGCAUUAGUUGGGGCUUGUCAUGAUAGAGGCAACAUAGAAAUUGGUGAAAGGGCAGCAAGGAGACUUUUAGAGAUGAGGACAGAGAAUUCUGGGCACUAUGUUCUGAUUGCUAACAUGUAUGCAGCUGCCGGUUGCUGGGAUGAACUAGCAACAGUCAGGAAACUAAUGCGUGACUUAGGUGUCACAAAAGCACCUGGGUUAGCAUGGGUUGAUCUUGGCAAUGGGUUCACCCCUUUUUUAGUUGGAGAUAGGUCAAACCCACUAGCACCAGAGAUCUAUGAGGUUUUAGAUGAACUAUCUCAGGAAAUGAGGAAUAUCAGUGAUAUAGACAUAUUAGAGGAAAACAUAGAGUAAACAUGUAGUGGUAGGACAUGAA